UGGAUAAGGCACAUGCCUGUUUGCCGGCUGGUUUUUACAAGGCUCGCGCUGGUUCGUUACAUCAAGUGUGCGCACGCUGUUGAUGCGAGGAGCCCCCGGUACCCAUUUUCAGACGCGUGGUCAGAAAACUAGGAAAAAUCAUGGAUGAAAAGAAGAGCGAAAUUAAUGGACACUUGGGACAUAAAGACCCGGCAGCAUCGAUCCCAACAAAAUCCGAAAAGAAAAGCUUUAAAGACCGGUUCAUGGCCUUUUUCAAUAGAAAUCUUUUAGUGAUCUUGACGGUGUCCGGGGUCCUGGUGGGCGUCGGACUCGGGAUGAUGGUCCGAAACAUGAACCUAACACGAGCCCAAAUGACAUAUUUCGCCUUCCCGGGAGAGAUGUUGCUGAGGAUGCUCAAGAUGAUCAUUCUGCCUUUAGUGGUUUGCAGUUUAAUUUCAGGUGCUGCGAGUCUAGACACCCGCUCCCUGGGAAAGCUGGGGGGAAUCGCAGUGGGUUACUUUUUGGUGACCACUCUGAUCGCUUCAUCCAUCGGGGUCGCGCUCGCCUUCAUCAUCAAACCUGGCGUGGGAGCUGGAGCGCUCAACAGCAACAACCUGGGACUUGAAGGCUUGAACUCCAACAAAGAGACGGCUGAUUCGUUUUUAGACCUUGCAAGAAACCUAUUCCCAUCUAACCUGGUGGCUGCAGCUUUCCGCUCAUAUGUCACCGAUUACAAGAUGAUUUUUGUUGGAAAUGGAACCAACGGAACCCUCAACUAUCAGAAGGUUCCUUAUGGAACAGAUUCAGAGGGAAUGAAUAUUCUAGGCCUUGUUCUCUUUGCUAUGGUUUUCGGAGUUGCUUUGAGAAAGCUUGGAGCAGAAGGAGAGGAGCUUAUUCGGUUUUUCAAUGCCUUCAAUGAAGCCACCAUGGUACUGGUGUCCUGGAUCAUGUGGUAUGUGCCUUUUGGCAUUAUGUUCUUGGUAGGCAGUAAGAUUGUGGAGAUGGAAGAUGUAGUUCUGUUGGUUACUAGCUUGGGAAAGUACAUUUUUGCCUCUAUCCUGGGUCACGUCAUUCAUGGCGGCAUUGUCUUGCCACUUAUCUACUUUGGAUUCACUCGAACAAAUCCCUUCAUUUUCCUGUCUGGACUCAUCACACCCUUCACAACAGCAUUUGCCACCUGCUCAAGCUCAGCGACUCUGCCCACCAUGAUGAAGUGUGUGGAGGAGAACAACGGUGUCGACAAAAGAAUCAGCCGGUUUAUACUGCCAAUCGGAGCCACUGUUAACAUGGAUGGAGCAGCCAUUUUUCAGUGCGUUGCCGCUGUGUUUAUUGCACAGCUUAACAACAUGGAACUCAAUGCGGGCCAGAUCUUUACAAUCCUGGUGACAGCCACUGCUUCCAGUGUGGGAGCAGCCGGAAUUCCAGCAGGAGGGAUUAUCACCAUCGCUAUUAUUUUGGAAGCCAUUGGUCUGCCAACCCAUGACCUGUCACUCAUGCUGGCUGUCGACUGGAUUGUAGACCGCACCACCACUGUUGUGAACGUGGAGGGAGAUGCUCUUGGCGCUGGCAUCCUUCAUCAUAUCAAUGAGAAAGAGAUGAAGAAACAAAAACAGCAGCACCAGCAAGAGGAGCAAGAACUUCAGGAAGUAAAGGUGGAGGUGGUGGCAAAUGUCCAGGCUGAGGAGGAGACCUCCCCUCUCGUCACACAUCAGAAACGAGGAGACGACUCCUCGCGGGAAACACUUGAUGACAAGGGUGGUGUGGAGUCUGUACUGUAAUGUGCUGACUGUGGUCUCCUGUCUCGUUCUCCUCUUUCUCACUCUUUAAAAAACCACCAUGGGCGUGAUGUCACCUCAGUGUAAAGUUUACUCAAACCUGUGAGUUUGGAUGCUUAUGGUCGAUUUGCUGUUAUGUAAAUAUAGUUUGAAGUAUAGGAAAGAACAGGUUCUUUUAAGAUAAUCUUAUCCAGUUGUGCCAAAAUGAUUUCUUAUCUGUUGUUAUGUUUGGGAAUGUGUCUUAGCUUACAUGCAAUGUUUUAAAGGGCACUUAAGUUUUCACGUUGUGUGGUGCAGAGAUGGAUAGUAAUGAAAAUCAUUCAAAGCCUGACCUUUUGCUCUGUUUGUUUGUUACAUUUUAACUGUCUCUGUGAAACAUUAACUAUUUUAAAGAUGAGCCAGAAAGUAUUUGCUGUAUAUAUUUGUGUCCCUGAUGUCAAAUCCUGUGAAGUUGUGGUAUGGUAACAGUUUGUGAUUUAUUGGGGACUAAAUCACAACUGUGCAUGUGUGCUUGUGCUGAACUCUCAAGAAUUUUUAAGCUUUAUGUUUUUUUAUAUUUUCGUACUCUCUAAACUGAAAUGUAAUUCAUGCAUUGAUAGACAACUCAGGGUCAUAGGUGAUAACUGAACCUGAUGACUAAAACUGAUGAAGACUCUCAAAUAUUGAUAGAUCAACGUUCUCUUUUUAGAUUCAUACCGGUUAUUUGCCCCAAAGAACAUCGCUCUGGUGACAAAUAAGUGGUUUCUAGUGACACCUAGUGGACAGUUUGUUUAUAAGUUGAGUGCUCAAUCGUUAUAAAAUAAGCUAUGAAUGAAAUUAAUUUAUUAAUUGUUUUGUUUUUCUAUAUCAUUGAAAAUUAUUUUGGUAAUUUGUUGCUACCAAAAGGUUCUAAUGUAAAAAUAAAUAAAUAAAGGUUAGAUGCAUUGUGACAGCUACUGAUUAGUUAGUGCUCUAAUGUUUUGUACUUUUUCACUCUGUUAUAACUGUUUUGUUACAAAUGUCUGUCAUCUGCCAAGCAUUUAAUUAAAAAGCAUCUCUGUGUGUCUAAA